AUGGAGACGAUGGAGCAACAAAGACAUUCACUCUCUUCUUUGCCUAUGCUCUCUAGGCUUGAGCAUUUGGAUUUUGUUAUAAAGAACUUAGAAAGACAACAAGACCUUCCGAAAUGGAAAGACGAAAGCACAUCUACUACACGCGGAUUAAUCGAUAGAGGCACGGCGGUUAGAGAAGCUUAUUUCAAAGGAUCACUACUUGAUAGAAUUGCAGCUUUGGAGACCAGACUUUUUCAGAUAUGUUUGGAGUUGGAAUCGAGCAGUGCAUCUUCUACUUCAACUGGAGGGUCCGGUGAAACAUCAAGUCAAAGGAUUAAGAGAGAUUUGACAAAGACAUUACCCAUUUUCAGUAGCAACAUUAAUCCUUUUCAUAUUCCCUUACAGCAUUCACUAGACCCUCAGGAAACAAAAGAGAAGAUUGAAGAGGAAGAGGAGGAGGAGGAGGAAGAGGAAGAAGAGAAAGUGAUAAAUAUUGAGAAACCACUGCUGGGGAUGAAGAAGGAUGCUAAUGAAACUUGCAAACCAAACAGGAAGAAGAAAAAAUAUUCCAAGAAAUGGUCCUGGUUUAACUUAUUGGGUUGCUAAAUUUCUUUUAUUGUUUGGACUAUGCAAUAUUUCAUAUUUCGUUUAAAUCUAA